GCGGUGCGCGCACGCGAGGCCUCCCACCGCGCCUGCGCUGAGGAUGGCCGCGGGCUCGCCGUUCCCCGACGCCCGGCCGUCCGGGCCGGGGUGAAAAACUGCGUGACACGCAGCGAGCGUGGCGGCCAUCUUCCUCCUCCGGGCGCGUCAGCGGCGCCGGUUCGGGCCGAGGAGGAGCGUUGCGCAAGCGCGCCCGAGGCAGUCACAGGUAACUCCCAUCUGACGGGCGAGGCGUCGCCGUCGUCGCCGGAAGUUUGGCGUUGCUGCGCCGCGGGAGAGGCGGCGGUCGCGGCGGGAGCCACCCGGAUGUGAGGCGGCCCGCGUCGGACCCUCGGCCGGGGCUAGCAGAUCACAAAUACACAGGAAGUUUUUAGAGGUAUCAUUUAUUAGACGCAUCAUCAAUCAACUUAAAGUGAUACAUGAUUCCUAUUUCAGUAAGGUGCUGUGUAAUGUGUUAAGAGCAUAUUAUAAGGAAUGAUUUUGUCAAAUUUUCAUGAGUUAUGGUUGCUGAAAGAUCAGUUCUGUCUUGUGGGAAAAGAACUAAAUGGCAGCACAAAAGGAGAUCUAUAUUAAUAGAGUCCUUUAUUAAACGAAAGAGGUUAGAUAAGAAUUUUAAAUCAACAGACUCAGCAAAGAGAAAAAGAAACGUGUUAGCUUUAAGACAUGUUUCAAAUGAAUCAAAGUCUAGUAACUGUAAACUUAAAAGAAAAAAAUUUUCAAAAUCAUUGUCAAAACAGACAGCUCAGUUAUAAAUUUCAAUAAUAGGGCUAGGUAUUAAUUGAGAAACUCACAAAGUAAAUUGAACCUGAACUUAAUUUUUUAUAAAAAAUUUUUAUAAAAAAAAAAAACUUCCAGAAUUUCAAAUUAGAAUUACAUUUUUGUUCAAAUUUUUGUAACCUUGCCCAAGGUAAAACAAAUAUCUUUCAGCCUCAUGCUAGCUUUUCUCAUGUCCUAGGGAUGACAGAAACCUUACUUGAAGCAAACCAGUAUUCUUGCAGAAAAUGCAUAGCAGCAUCAGUUAAAGUUCAAUCUUAAGACCUGCUUCUCAAUAAUAAUACUAGGCAUUCAGCAUUCCCACCUUCAAGGUCACGAAAAUUCUCUCAAAACUACUCAGAAAAGGAGGACAAAGGAAUGAUGUCCAUGCAGGAGAAAGCAAAAGAAAAUUCCUCCAAUGUUAUUAAGAAAAGAGAAGAUAGAAAUUUAGAAACAAAAAUUGAAGAGUCUCAAAAAAAUCUAGCCAAAAAAUCAGGACCAAAGGAAGUUUUAAAAUCACCAGUUAAUUCUUCCAGUGAAAAUAAAAUAAAUCGGCCUGAAUUUGGAACAUGCAUGAGUACAAGGUCAGCAAAGGCAGCAUCCAGUGACAAAAAAACUAACAACUCCAUUAAUAAAAAUGUAACUGUGAAUUCACAACAAGAAUCUAAGAAUAAGAAGAAAUUAUCUCAGAAAAAAUCAUUGAAUGAAACCUCCACGUCAAAUGAACAGCUUAACCGAAGAUCACAAAGACUACAACAGUUAACAGAGGUUUCAACAAGGACUCUUCGUAGUAGAGAAAUUCAGGGCCAAGUACAAGCAGUUAAACAGAAUUUUCCACUUACAAGAAAAGAGUACUGUAGUAAUACUCAGAGUAAGACUAGUAAAGUAAAAACAAAUAAAAAACAUGUGAAAAGAAAAGUACUGGAGAAGUCUGACUUUAAAGAGGAUGGAAAUCCAAUUCUCAAUGAAGUAAAUUCACCAAAAGGAAAAAAACGCAAAGUAGAGCACCAGGCAGCUGAUACCAACAGUUCUCACUGCUUUAAGGGAUCUGAUGAAAAGUGUCAUCAGAAGAAUUCCAGAAAAGAGGAAACAAAACCUGUGCCUGUAACUUCUGAGAUAAAAAAAUCAAAAGUGGCUACUUCACUGAUCUCUAAAAAGAAUGAAACGAAGAAGUCUGUUCAUACACAAGUGAUUACUACUGCAAAAUCCCAAAAACGUCCACAGCCAUUAGUGCCUGAACAAAAUGUUGAUAAUGAACUGGAGCAAGCAGGAAAGAACAAGCGAGGUAGCAUUCUUCAACUAUGUGAAGAAAUUGCUGGUGAAAUUGAGUCAGAUACUGUAGAGGUGAGAAAGGAAUCUUCACAAAUAGAAAGUGUAAAUGAGGAACAGUGUACGGAAGUGAAAUUGGAAGAGACCGAUGUUGAAGGAGGAACGCUUCAUCACCAGAAAACAAAUCAGGAUGUUCAGUGUAACCGUUUCUUUCCCAGUAGAAAAACAAAGCCUGUGAAGUGUAUACUAAAUGGAAUAAACAACUCAACUAAAAAGAAUUCUAACUGGACUAAAAUUAAGCUAUCAAAAUUUAACUCUGUACAACAAAAUAAGUUGGAUUCUCAAGUUUCUCCCAAAUUGGACUUAUUACGAACCAGUUUUUCAUUACCAGCUUUAGAAGUGCAUCACCCAGUGACUCAGAGUACAUUUUUAGGGAUAAAACCACAUCUUGAUAAAAACAUAGCUUGUCAGCAGGAAGAAAUGAGAAAAGAAGCUAAAAAUGAUACCGAAGUUGAAAUUAAUAAAACCACAAAAAGUGCUUCUGAAAAUUGUGAUUUGGAUAAUCAGAUAAAACUUCCUGUCCCAUCAUUGGAUAACCAGAUGAAACAUUCUUUUGAAUCAACACCAGAUAAGAAUUUCAGCCUGCAUUUGGAAUCUAAGCUUGAAAAGAGUACAGUGGAAAAUUCCACCACAGUUGCAGAACUGCUCAGUCAAGCAAAAAUUGAUUCAAGAGACAGUACAUUUCCAGGUUCAGUUCCCCAACAGCAUAGUAGUAUACUCAGUAACCAAACAUCUAAGAUCAGUGACAACAGAGAGAAUACACAAAAUUAUUCUUGGUCUGAGUGUAAUUCCCGUUUGGAGUUAACAAUUCCAAAGGAGUUGAAGCUAAAAGAAACAGAAAAAGUUGAUGAAAAACAGUUGAUCAUAGAUGCUGGACAAAAAAGAUUUGGAGCAGUUUCUUGUAAUGUUUGUGGCAUGCUUUACACAGCUUCGAAUCCCGAAGAUGAAACACAGCAUCUGCUCUUCCAUAAUCAGUUUAUUAGUGCUGUAAAAUAUGUGGGCUGGAAAAAAGAAAGAAUUCUGGCUGAAUACCCAGAUGGCAGGAUAAUAAUGGUCCUUCCUGAAGACCCAAAGUAUGCGUUGAAAAAGGUCGACGAAAUUAGAGAGAUGGUUGAUAAUGAUUUAGGUUUCCAACAGGCUCCACUAAUGUGCUAUUCCAGAACUAAAACACUUCUCUUUAUUUCUAAUGAUAAAAAAGUAGUUGGCUGUCUAAUUGCGGAACAUAUCCAGUGGGGCUACAGAGUCAUAGAAGAGAAACUUCCAGUUAUAAGGUCAGAAGAAGAAAAAGUCAGAUUUGAAAGGCAAAAGGCCUGGUGCUGCUCAACAUUGCCAGAACCUGCAAUCUGUGGGAUCAGUCGUAUAUGGGUAUUCAGCAUGAUGCGACGCAAGAAAAUUGCUUCUCGAAUGAUUGAAUGCCUAAGGAGCAAUUUUAUAUAUGGCUCAUACUUGAGUAAAGAAGAAAUUGCUUUCUCAGAUCCUACGCCUGAUGGAAAACUGUUUGCAACUCAGUACUGUGGCACUGGUCAGUUUUUGGUAUAUAAUUUUAUUAAUGGACAAAAUAAUACCUAAAACAGAUUCUUGCCACCAGUACUAGAAGAUCUACUGAAGAGAAAUGAGAGAAAUGGAUCGGUUGCUGACUUUAACCAGGAACUAGGGCCAUUUUUAUUAUAAUGAACUCAGGAUUGGCAACAGCCAUAAGGUUGUUCCAUUUUCAUAAAUUGGAAACAAUGCAGUAAUAGCUUAUUGUUUUGUUUUUUAAAGAAGAUAUUUUAUUAUCUUUUACAGAAAUUUAUGAUUGAUGUAUUUUAUCUAUACUUAUUUAGACAUGUUUACAUGCAGCGGAUAAUUGUUCAUAGUGGACUGAAAACUAAUGCAAGGACUAUGGUCUCAGUUGAUAAGUAUAUUUUGAAGUUCUUAAUACGGAAAUAUACCAGUGUAGCUUGGUGUACUGUAUUUUUUUAUAUGAAUCUGCUGAUACCAGUUAGUUUUAAAGAUGUAUUUUCACAGAGCAGAAGACAGUUUUUGUUAUUAUUUAAGAAGAGACUCUGAAAGAUACUUUGAUGAUGACCCUUUAUAAAAAAGCAAAGCUCCAGGGACCAGAGAUUUAGUACAGCAGGUAGGGUGUUUACCUUGCACAUGGCCAACCUGGGUUCAAUCCCUGGCAUCCCAUAUGGUCCCCCAAGUACCAUUAGGAUUGAUUCCUGAGCAUUGCUAGGAAUGGCCCCCAAACCUCUCCACCCCCUCCCAAAAAAAAGCACCACUCCGGGUUUAUGAAGAAUUUGAGUUUUGAUUUUUUUCUUUCGUCUCUCUUUUAGGGACCUACUAAUGGAGAGCUAGUGUUAAGUACCCCUUGAAGUUUAUUAUUGUAGUGUCAUUUUUUUUUAAAUGGCAACUUUGGCACACUUAGGCUAUUUAUUAAUCCCAAAGAGGUUUUUAAACAUGUAUGGAAUAGUCACAGCUAAACCUGGAUAACUUGGUAUCUGCGUUGUUAUUGCUCAGAAGUACUACACUGAGUAUAUACCCUUGUUAUGGAACUUCAUUUCGAUACUUGUCUAUCCUUCAUUGUGCCCUCUACUUUUAAAGGGUUUAUAUGUUGAAAAACUGCUGUGGCCUUUUAUGAUAUGUAUAUAAUGUAGAGUAAAAUAAUAAAAUAAUUGAUAGCUUUUAAAAAAGUGAUAAAUGUGAUAAAGUGUUGUUUGUGCUUUUCCAAUGUUUCUUGGGUUCAGUACCUUGAAAUUGUUGGCUUUUUAAAGGUCGUUUUCACCAGUUUGCCAAAAGGACCAGUGUAUAAGCACUGACUUCUGUUUAUCUUCAGAAGGCAGAAUCCUAACAUCAGACUUUCCUGGUUUGAGAAGUGCCACAGCUCAAGAAUGAAAUACUUAUGACUAAACAUAGAUUAUUUUUGUGAGGUAAACUUAUAUUUCCGUUAAAAACUGACUAAAAUUUAGAGCUUUAAAUUUAAGAUUUUAGCAGUUGGCUUAUGUUUUCUCUCACAUUAAUACUUUCUAAAGUGGUUUAAGGAUCUUGAAUCUUUAUAUAAUUAAAGGCACUAUAAAUUUC